CUAUAAACCACAAUAAAGUGUGGAAAUCCCGGGACCAUAGCGCAAAGUAUAUUGGAUUUGAUAACUUGCAAGUCUAAUGAUGAUUUUCUUCCUUGUUCUAGCCCUACUGGGGCCAUCGUUUAUUGAAGCUUCAUGUGGUCAGAAGUCUUUCGGUGCUCGAAUCGUUAAUGGUGAAAAUGCUGCUCCCCAUGCCUGGCCUUGGCAGAUCUCGCUACGAGUUUAUGGCAAACAUAUUUGCGGUGGAUCAUUGAUCAAACCUGACUGGGUUGUCACCGCCGCUCACUGCGUGGUGAAAAACCCGCAACGUAGCAGAUACACCGUUGUUGUUGGCGCUCACAAAACAACAGGAACUACCGCAGUUGAAGAGACGCGCCGAGUUCGACAACUCCUCAUACACGAAAAUUACGUGGAAUCAUCGAACCACGACAUCGCCCUAAUUCAGCUCGACAAGCCCGUGAAAAUCAGUUCCAAGGUGAACACAGUCUGUUUGCCACAACCUGGUAGUCGAGCAAGUGUUGGUGCACGCUGCUAUAUCACAGGAUGGGGGCGCACCGUAGGAGGUGGACAAGCAGCAGACACUCUUCAACAAGCAAUUCUCCCAGUCGUGUCCCACUACUCGUGUUCAAAAAUCAAUGGCUAUCUUCGUCCGGUCAUUCAAAACACUAUGAUCUGCGCAGGUGGUGAAGGCAAGGGUGGUUGCCAAGGGGACAGCGGUGGACCGUUCGUGUGUAAUGAGGGUGGUCAAUGGGUACUCAGGGGUGCUGUAAACUGGGGUCAUAAGAUGUGUCACACUACUUAUUACAGCGUAUUUGCUCGCAUCAGCAACUAUGUUAACUGGAUCAACCAGAAGAUAUCAGAUAGCAGCAGUGUUAGUGGCAGUGUCCAUUGCCAAGACCGCGACAGCCGUUGCGGACUCUGGUAUGACUACUGUAACGACAGUUUCGUGUCAGUAAGAUGUAAAUGGUCAUGUCUACUGUGUGAUUAGGAAUAUUUGAACACAAGCGCAUGAUAUUAAGAUGUAUUCUGGUAAAAGUGCAUAAAUAAA